UCCGCCGGCUUUCUCAGGGAAGGGAGUGGGACGAAUAUGGCUGAAGGCAGUCGGGGCGGUCCAGCGUGCGGCAGGAUGGAGGACAGACAAGACCCGGCCCCCAGCAGUGGUGGCUGCGGCUUUCCAGAGUACGAGCUUCCUGAGCUAAACACACGCGCUUUCCACGUGGGCGCUUUUGGGGAGCUGUGGCGCUGCCGACUGCGCGGAAAAGGGGACUUGUCGCUGAAGGAGCCUCCGGCACCCGCGGUGCCCGAGGGCGACACGGUCGCCGACUCCGGCCGGGAGGAUGCUGCCGUGGCCCGGGAUCUGGGCUGCAGCCUGGAAGCGGCAGCAGAGCUAAGGGCGGUGUGCGGCCUUGAUAAACUGAAGUGCCUUGAGGAAGGGGAGGAUCCAGAAGUCAUCCCAGAGAAUACCGACCUAGUGACUUUGGGGGUUAGAAAGAGGCUUCUGGAACAUCGGAAAGAAACCAUAACGAUAGAUCGGGUCUGCAGACAAGAAACAUUUGCUUAUGAGAUGGAAUCACAUGCCAUGGGGAAAAAGCCUGAAAAUCCAGCAGACAUGAUUGAAGAAGGAGAACUUAUCCUAUCUGUGAAUAUCUUGUACCCUGUUAUAUUUCAUAAGCACAAAGAACACAAACCAUACCAGACGAUACUGGUACUGGGCAGUCAGAAGCUCACGGAACUAAGAGAUGCAAUUUGCUGUGUUAGUGACCUCCAGAUUGGUGGGGAAUUCAGCAACACUCCUGAUCAAGCACCUGAACACAUCAGCAAAGACCUAUACAAAUCAGCCUUCUUUUAUUUUGAAGGAACAUUUUACAAUGAUAAAAGAUACCCUGAGUGCAGAGAUUUGAGCAGAACCAUCAUUGAGUGGUCGGAGUCCCAUGAUAGAGGCUAUGGAAAGUUUCAGACUGCCAAGAUGGAAGAUUUCACCUUCAAUGACUUGUAUAUUAAACUGGGCUUUCCUUAUUUAUACUGUCACCAGGGAGAUUGUGAACAUGUUGUUGUCAUUACCGACAUAAGGCUUGUGCAUCAUGAUGACUGCUUGGAUAGGACACUUUAUCCCCUUCUUAUCAAGAAGCAUUGGCUCUGGACCAGAAAAUGUUUCGUUUGUAAAAUGUAUACAGCUAGAUGGGUGACGAACAAUGACAGUUUUGCACCAGAGGACCCAUGUUUCUUUUGUGAUGUUUGCUUCCGAAUGCUCCACUAUGAUUCAGAAGGCAACAAACUGGGGGAAUUCCUCGCUUAUCCUUAUGUUGAUCCUGGAACCUUUAAUUAAUAACAAAAAGUGUACCCUUCCUCUUGGAUGGUUACUUUACUUCCCAGAAAUGCCACCAAGGAUCAGGAUCCACCUCAAACAAUGAGCUAAAAGCUAACCACCCCCUGCAAAAGUUCAAAUCCCAGAUUUUCUUAUGCAGUACCUUGAUUGUAUUUAAAUGUUUUGAAAUUUAUAUUAAAUUAUUUUAGUAUUUAUUCCAAAGUAUAGUUUUUAUUCAGUGCUUUUCGCCCAUUUUAACUGAGUUGUCUUAAUUGAGUUGUAGGAGUGCUUUAUGUAUUCUGAAUACAAAUCCUUUGUCAGAUACAAGUAUUCUGGUUUUUUCCCAGUCAGUGGUUUGCCUAUUCAUUCUUUGUCCAGAGGGCUUUUUGCUCAUUAGCAAAAUUCUCUUAAUGAUAUAUCAAAUGAUGGAAGUGUUUGGAAAUUCUUUGAAGAAUGUGAGAGCUACACCUUGUACCUUGAGGCUUCCAAGGUAAAAGAUCCUUCAAAUAUCUGUAAUAAAAAUGAGGGAGAAGUUAAGAAUAAAAGAUUAUUAAGUAACUAUUCUUAAUACUGUAUUUAAUAAAUAAUCAAGAAUAGCUAUUGUGUAAUUUAAUCUUACAGUGGGCCCUUUUGUUAGAAACUGGGCACACAACACUUUUGAGAUUCACUACAUGAAAAAUCUUGAGUAUAUACUCAUGCCUUCACAGAAGUAACAUUUAAAUUGAAGCUUCAUCUCUUGACCAGAAGUUUUUGGAAUUACAAAUGUUAUUAGUUUAAAAUGUAUGUUAAUUAUUUUUACAAUCUGAAAGAACAGCAGAUUUUAUGUAGUGUGACCACUGAGUGGACAUGAGAAAUUAAGAUCCCCAUGGUCUGCCACCUCUAGGUCACUUACUCCUGGGCAAUACCCAGAAUUCUAUAUGCAAAAAGAAAACAAGUGUGUUUCUAGCCUAGUUCUUCAUUCUUAUGGUAUCCUUGUUAUGAUUAUCCUUCUUAUCCUAUUCUCAUUCUCUUGCCAAAGGGCAACUUUAAUUCUGAGCUCUAAUUCCAUCAGAGAAAAUUGUAGCUACCCAUAUUGAAAUGUAUUCUGGAAUUAUUUUUUGGUGGAAAAUUUGUUUAAAGACUUUAGGAAUGCUGAAAAGCAGUUCAUUUUAAAUGUGUUUUAUUUAAAUUUCACAUUCUCUCUUCUAGGUUGUAUUUAAGUUCAACUGAAUUCCAUAUUCCCUGGAUGGCUAAGAACACAUAUAUACCAUAUAAAUCAAAAACUGGUGAUGCCUAUGUGUUUAAAAGGUUGACAGUGAAAUGUUUUAUGGACUUAAAUGCUAUAUAUCCAAUUAAUUGGAUUGGUAUGUAGAAGACAAACACCUGUUUCUAGCAGCUCUGAUUCUGUCAAUACACCAGAAAAUCAGUGUAAGGGACUAAGGUUCUUCCAUGGCUAGCUGGCUGUUAUUAACUAAAUGUUUACUUUUCCUGUUUCCAAUGAUGUUCAAUUUGAACAGGUAAAAAUUCAUGCAGGAAAACCAUAGAUUUACCUAGUCCUUAAAGUUCCCCAGGUAAAAAUGAAGUUUUGCUUCCUUUAUAUUGAAACUGCAUUUCAAAACUUUAUUUUGAAACUGCAUUUAUAGGUCUUGCGUUACUAUGCAAGGGUCUUUUUGCUUUUAUUUUCAUCAUUUCAUAGUCUCAAAGCAAGUUCAAGAAAAUGGAUUGUCAUAAAGAAGCAUUUAUCUAUGUGUGGCACCAAUCAAUUCAUGUUACUAGAUAGAGAAGAAAGAUAGUUAAAACAUAACUGCUACUGAAAUUCUUGUUUUGUCCUUUGAAAUUGAGAUUAUUAUUCUGCUGGUUCUUUAGGUUAACUCCACACCCAGGUUACAAAGGCUCAGCUCAGAUACACUUCUGUUAUCACUUCUUGGUGAGUUCUAGAGGAAAGGCCUACCAUGUCACUCCCAGAACUUGAGAAUGUACCACGUAUCAGUCAUACAGGUCUCCCACCAAGUUCAAGUCAAAAGAAACUCCUAACUUUGAAGUAGACAUCAAAGAUGUCUUGGAUCAGGGAUUUUGUAGCUGGAAAAAUCAGUAUUAAACAUAUGAUUUAAGUUAAAUUACAUAUAUUUUAUCUAAUGAAGGCAAAUACGAAAAUGUUUCAUGAACCUUAACAUUGUUAGAAAUGAAUCCGAUUUUGAUAUAAUAGUGGAUAGUCAUGCACCAAAAAAUCACAUUAUCUAGAAAAAUAACAUUCUUUAGGAUUUAGUAUCCUUUACGAAUAGUUUGACCUUUCUCCCAAUCCAAUUGCAGUGUCGUCAUAUCCUCUAAGGUUGGAGAAUUACACAGCAUAAACACAUUUGUACCUGUAUAGCAGCUUCUUCGUUUCUUAAGAUUUAAUUAUGGGUUUGCUAUUUCCAAUAGAUCAUCCUUUCUCUGACCAGUGGAACAGAAUCAAUUGUGUUAGUGAAGCCCUCACAGAGCCCUGUAAAAGCCUUUUGCUCUUGUACAGGAUUAGAUGGCAGACCUCACCUUGAUCUGAAUGUCUUUAACCAGGUAAGUGUGUGUGGGUACACUACAGUCAACGUAUCAGCAAAAACUAGGUAAAAUCUCUCAUCUCACUAUUUGAAAUCACAGGAUAUAAUAACAAAUAUAAGGCUUUGGCUAUUUACACAUACAAAGUCUUGUUCAGGUUCUCCAAUUUAGAAUGAUAACAUCUAAAUUUCUUCAAAGCAGCUGAGAAAAAAACAUGCAGCAGUUGAUUCUCCUGGGUCAUGUGUAACUUACUUUUUAAAAUAUUAUCCAAUGGUUUUAAAAAUUCAGCCCCAAAUAGAUGUUGCUUAUACAUAUAAGAAGUUAACACAAAAAAUAAGGGGGUUUUUUGAUGAAGGGACUAGCUAUCUCAUUUAAAGUAUCCCUUACUGACUUGUUCAGCAGUGGAGUUUUGACCAAACACAAAUUUAAACUAUGUCAAAGCUCCUAAAAAUUGGUAAUUGUUUAUAUGACUUUUCCUUAAGAAAAUUAGAAUAGUAGUUAUCUGGGAAUCAACCUAUGACAAAAAAUAAUUUCUUGAAAUGAGGGUAAGGAGAAGGCAAUUGUGUUUUAACGCUACAAAAACCAACUGGCUACAGCAAGUUCAGCCCAUAUAAACAGACAAAUUAUCAGAAUUCUCCCUCCAGAAUUUGAGUAGUCUGUGGCUUCUUGGUAAAAUUACAUAAGUCUUUUGGGUCACUGAAAAAAAGGGAGGGGAAACAAAAAAAUAACAUUUCCUUUAUUUCUAUAUUGUUGAACUUAUAUUUCAGUAACCCUGUAUCCCCAAAUAAUACAAUUUCUAUGACCAGGUUAUACUCUCUUGGAAGCAAAUCCAGAAUUCACACUUUUGUAAAUGGCAAAGAAGUAAUUUACUAGUAGAGUUUGAUAGAAAAAUCCUUUAAUCAAAACAAGUUUACAUGUUGACACUUAUGGCUUAACUAGAAUAAAUCUGUCCAAAUUUAACUUGUAUUAAGGACCAAACAGAUAUAAUGUAAUAAGCAAGAGUUCCCUCAAAACAGUGGGUCCUAGUUCCAUUUUAAGACCUCUCAAAAGCAAAACUCCAAUUAUUAAAAUAAUUUGAACUUUCCAUCUAUAGAUGAAAAUAGUUACUCAAGAGGUCAAAGCAUACAAUGCAUGUCACAUGCAACACUGGUAUUCAACCUUUUCCCAUAUUCCUAGUUUCCAAACAUGAAAAGAGUCUUUGAAGCUACUGCAAACCACAACUGACCUAGUAUUCAAAAUACCUUAGAAAUGCUAUCUGUUCAAUUACCCUUAAAUUUUGUAUUAAUGUUGGUUCACCCUGAUUUAAGUCCAUAUACAUGAAUAUACAGAAAGCUUUUGUGUACUGCCUCAGAGUAACUAUUGUUUCCACACUCUAUGCAAUCCUGUCACAUACAUGACAUAGAAAUAAAAAUUCCCUUCUGAUAAA